AAGUGUGUCCAAAGACAAACGGUGAACAAAUAAGGUGUAUCAGGAAGGAUUACGAGUUGUGUGCCGAUGACAGCGAGUGUCCAAAAAAUCAGAAAUGCUGCAGAACUGCAUGCGGUGGAACUCGGUGUACGGCUCCAGUUACAGCAAAGCCAGAAGUGUGUCCAAAGACAAACGGUGAACAAAUAAGGUGUAUCAGGAAGGAUUACGAGUUGUGUGCCGAUGACAGCGAGUGUCCAAAAAAUCAGAAAUGCUGCAGAACUGCAUGCGGUGGAACUCGGUGUACGGCUCCAGUUACAGCAAAGCCAGAAGUGUGUCCAAAGACAAACGGUGAAAAAAUAAGGUGUAUCAGGAAGGAUUACGAGUUGUGUGCCGAUGACAGCGAGUGUCCAGAAAAUCAGAAAUGCUGCAGAACUGCAUGCGGUGGAACUCGGUGUACGGCUCCAGUUACAGCAGACCCAGGAGUGUGUCCAAGAAGAAAAUAUAAACCAGCAAUGUGUGCCCUGAUAAGUUUCUUGUCGUGUGCCGAUGACAGUGACUGUGCCAACAAUCAGAAAUGCUGCAACAAUGGAUGUGGACUUCAGUGUAUGGAUCCAGUUACAGCAAAGCCAGGAGUGUGUCCAAAGACAAACGGUGAAAAAAUAAGGUGUAUCAGGAAGGAUUACGAGUUGUGUGCCGAUGACAGCGAGUGUCCAAAAAAUCAGAAAUGCUGCAGAACUGCAUGCGGUGGAACUCGGUGUACGGCUCCAGUUACAGCAAUGGACCAGUUGGACAUCAACCCACCGGAAAACCUCCAGGUGGACCAGAUGCCCAUUCUGCCAGGAGUGUGUCCAAGCAUAACAAAUGAACCAGGAAAGUGUGCCCGGAUAAUUUUCGUGCCGUGUGUCGAUGACAGUGACUGUGCCUACAAUCAGAAAUGCUGCAACAAUGGAUGUGGACUUCAGUGUAUGGCUCCAGUAACAGCAAAUCCAGGAGUGUGUCCAAAGACAAACGGUGAACAAAUAAGGUGUAUCAGGAAGGAUUACGAGUUGUGUGCCGAUGACAGCGAGUGUCCAAAAAAUCAGAAAUGCUGCAGAACUGCAUGCGGUGGAACUCGGUGUACGGCUCUAGUUACAGUAAAGCCAGGAGUGUGUCCAAGCAAAACAUAUGAAGCAACAAAGUGUGCCCGGAUACGUUUCAUGUCGUGUGUCGAUGACAGUGACUGUGCCAACAAUCAGAAAUGCUGCAGCAAUGGAUGUGGACUUCAGUGUAUGACUCCAGUGACAGCAGACCCAGGAGUGUGUCCAAGCAGAACAUAUGAACCAGAAAUGUGUGCCCUGAUACGUUUCGUGUCGUGUGCCGAUGACAGUGACUGUACCAACAAUGAGAAAUGCUGCAACAAUGGAUGUGGACUUCAGUGUAUGGCUCCAGUUACAGUAAAGCCAGGAGUGUGUCCAAAGACAGACAGUAAAAUAAGGUGUAUCAGGAAGGAUUACGAGUUGUGUGCCGAUGACAGCGAGUGUCCCAAAAAUCAGAAAUGCUGCAGAACUGCAUGCGGUGGAACUCGGUGUACGGCUCCAGUUGCAGUAAACCCAGGAGUGUGUCCAAGAAGAACAUAUGAAGCAGCAGAGUGUGCUUGGAUACGUUUCGAGCCGUGUGUCGAUGACAGUGACUGUGCCAUCAAUCUGAAAUGCUGCAACAAUGGAUGUGGACUUCAGUGUAUAGCUCCAGUUUAUUAUGAAAACACAGAAGUGUCUCCAAUCACAAAUAAUGACCCAGCAAAGUGUUCCAUGAAGGGUUUCGUGUCGUGUACCGAUGACAGCGAGUGUCCCAAAAAUCAGAAAUGCUGCAGCACUUCAUGCGGUGGAAGUCUGUGUAUGGUUCCAGUUACAGUAAACCCAGGAGUGUGUCCAAGAAGAACAUAUGAAGCAGCAGAGUGUGCUUGGAUACGUUUCGAGCCGUGUGUUGAUGACAGUGACUGUGCCAUCAAUCUGAAAUGCUGCAACAAUGGAUGUGGACUUCAGUGUAUAGCUCCAGUUUAUUACGGUUUGCCGUAAGGGAAUCCAGUGUGUGCUGAAUAUUGUUCCCAUGAUGGUCAGUUCCCUGCCGGACAGAAAUAAUGCUCAACCACCUGUGAUCAUGCAUGCAGUGAAACUCUGC